AUGGGACUGCCUCGCCCGGCAGGGGAUGCGGCAGAGCUGCGCAAGACCCUGAAGCCGCUGCUGGAGAAGCGCAGGCGCGCACGCAUCAAUGAGAGCCUGAGCCAGCUCAAGGGGCUCAUCCUGCCUCUGCUGGGCAGGGAGAACUCGCGCUUCUCAAAGUUGGAGAAGGCCGACAUUCUGGAAAUGACCGUGCGCUUCCUGCAGGAGCUGCCUGCGUCCCCCUACCCCCCGGAAGUGCCACCGCCACGCGACAGCUACCAAGAAGGCUACAGUGCCUGUCUGGCUCGCCUGACUCGUUUGCUGCCUGCCUGCCGCGUCCUGGAGCCCACCGUAAGCGCGCGCCUGCUGGAGCACCUUCGUCGAAGGGCAUCAAGCGUUACCCCUGGUGGCUGGCGGGCUGGAGACUCUGAUGGGCCUCCCUCGCCAGCGCCACCACCUGCGCAGGCUCCUGCGCCCUCUCCACCUGCACCUCCCGGUGGCCCUGGGCUCUGGCGGCCGUGGUAG